GUGCCCAUUGGGCUCCUGGUGUUUGGGUUCCAGAAUCACACUGGAUACGGCUUCCCCGGGCUCUGUGCCACCAGUGAAUACAGUCAGUCACCCCUACACGGCUCUCCUGUGAGGAUUUGGUAUGUGAGGAGAGGUGCGAGAUGGUGGAUGGACUACCAGAGUGCGUCCAGGAGACUUUCACCGCCUGUUGGCUCACUGGUGGGCCACACUAUUGCAUUUUUGAUGGAAAAACCUUUGAUUUCAUGGGAACAUGUACCUACACUUUGACCACUAUCUGCAAUCCUGAUCCCACCCUUCCUGCCUUCUCUGUUGAGGUCAAAAAGAAGUAAAAGGACAACUCCAAAGUUUCUCCUAUCAGCUCCAUCACCAUCCAUGUCAACAACAUCACUGUUAACUGCUGUCCAAUCAGAGAAUAGGAUGUUGAGGUGUGUGCCAUUGAGGGGCGUCAUGACGUGCUGUGCCACGCCCUCCAGAUUUAUGCCAAUGACUGUCAAGAGGAAGGGAUCAACAUUUUGGAUUGGAGGACAGCAAUGGGAUGUCCCAGCCAGAAAAUUUUUGCAUUUGAAUGUGAGACGUAAGACUGAAACUGCACGUAAGACUCCACUCACAUGGUGUGUACUACCCCAGAGUUCAAGAACUCCCCCACUGUAUCUGGAGAACAGCUGGCAAAGGAUUUGGAGUCCUGGGAACUCCCACUAGGAGAAGGACAGCUGCUUCAGUAUGUGGAUGACCUCUUAAAAGCCACCCGGACCCAGGAGGCUUGUGUGGAUCGGACGUCUUUUGCAGAGAAGACUUUGGAACCACAGUGGGAAGGACCAUGCCAGGCACUCCUCCCUACCUUCACAGCAGUCAAGAUCAAAGAACAGAGGGCUUGGAUCCAUCACUCCCAAGUGAAGAAGGCUUCUGAAGAAAUUUAGAAGUUGUGCUUGCAAUGGGAAAAGAAGAAACUAGUAAAUAGCUCCAAAGAAACACAAACAAUUGCAACCAGAAACUUAUUCCAAGUCACGAAGGGAGGAAAUUGGAGUUCUCCCAGAAGUCAUUUGUAUUGUCAUCGAUAGAAAAGGUCAAAAGAUCAGGAUUGAUGAGCAGUUGGUCAAUCUCCCGUAUCACUACAGUGAAAGAAAGAUUGUUGUCUAUAAUAAUGGGCAGGACGCAGUGGUAGAGACCAAUUUUGGCCUCGUUGUCACCUAUGACUGGCACAACUGCGUUACCACCAUGGUGCCCAGUGGCUUCGCCAACGCCCUGUGUGGACUCUGUGAGAACUACAAUGGUGCUGCCAGCGACGACAUGAUGAUGAGGAACAACCAUGUGACAUCAGACCCAGAUGCCUUGGAGCAGCUGGAAAGUCAUGGAUGUCCCAGGAUGUGAUUAGUGUUUCAAAGGGAUGUGUCCAAUCAUUGCCUCCUAUGCCACCACAUGCCAGGCUGCUGGUGUGUCCAUCGGAAGGUGGAAGACAGAUAAUUUCUGCUAUAUUCCCUGUCCUUCCAAGGACUCCUAUGAGCUCUGCUCCCACACCUGCCAGCACACCUGUGGUGCUGACUCUGCCACAUGCCCAGGGCGGUGCCGCAAGGACGGCUUCAUGCUCAGUGGUGAUGAGUGCGACCCAUGUCCCACUGUGGCUGCAGUCACCAUGGAGUCUACUACAAAGAGGGGGAGACUUUCUACCCCACAGAGCAGGAGAUGUGCCAGUGCCCCUCUGGUGGCACUGUGGAGUGCCAAAAUACUUCCUGUCCUGAUGGUGGCCCAGGGAAGGUCAUUGAUGGUGUCUUCCAAUGUCCCUUGGAGAUGUCCAGCACCUGUGUGGCCACAGGUGACCGCACCUAUGUCACCUUUGAUGGGAUGGCCUUCAACAUGACUGGUACUUGCUCCUAUGUCAUCACCCAGACCUGCACAGGUGACAGCAUGACAUCAUUUAUUGUCACAAUCCAGAAGGAGGCAUGGCAGAAGAGGAAGGUCUCCAGGAUCCAAGCAUUGUCUGUGGAAGUAUAUGGGGUCACCUUGACCUUGAAACAAGGAAAAAGGAUAGAUGUCAUGGUGGAUUCCAUCUCCCACCACCUCCCCACCAUCGUGAGCGAGGGACAGGUCCAGGUCUACCCACAUGGGACAGGUGUCCUGCUCCGCCCUGACUUAAGCCUCAUUGUCCACUAUGAUCUCGUCCAGCUUGUGAUGGUCACAGUCCCCCAGACUUACAUGGGGCACCUGUGUGACCUCUGUGGCAGCUACAAUGGCCAACAUAAUGAUGAUUUCCAGCUCUCCAGUGGCCAACUGGCUCCAGAUGCAACAGCCUUUGGAUCCGCAUGGAAAACAACACCUGCACUUGUCCCACCUGCACAGAGGAGAAAGUGGCAGUCCUCCAAAAACCCCACUACUGUAGAGUCCGAAGGUCCCUUUGGCUCCGGCCAUCGCAUCAUUGAACCCAUCCCGUAUUCCCAAUCCUGCAUCCAUGACCUCUGUAUGAUGGGAGGAGACAGGCAUGUCCCAUGUCAGAGUAUGCAGAGCUAUGUCACUGCAUGCCAAGAUGCUGGAGUCACCGUGGGGGCUUGGAGGACACCAUCCUUCUGCUACUCCUGCAAGUCCCUGCACUGUCGCCCCAAGGAGCGCUGCUGGCCCCACAAUGCCCAAUCCCACUGCAUCCCGACCCUUGUUGCCAUGUGCUGGACAUGGGGUGACCCACACUUCCGCACCUUCUAUGGCCUUAACUUUGACUUCCAAAGAACCUGCACCUACACCAUAGCCGAAUCCCACAGGAAUGGCCCUGGGCUGGUGCCCUUCAGGAUUGAGGCCAAGAACGACAUCCGUGGUGGGAUCCAAUCUGUGUCCUAUGUCUCCUUGGUCCGUGUUGACGUCUAUGGACAACGCAUCUCCUUUCGCCAGAAUGAAGACAGAAGAGUCUGGGUAAAUGGUGGAUCUUCCCUUCACCCACAACCAGCAGCUCCAGGUGUCCCUCCAUGGCUUCAUCACCCUGACAUGGGUGUCACUGUCACAUUUGACUGCACCUUCGAUGGGCACCUGGGGAAUUCUGGGGAGUCCUGCACCCUCCUGCUGCUGGAAUUGGAGAGGGGUGAGCCUGAAGAAGAGCUGGAGCCUAUUACGGUGGCUUUGGAGCAGGAGGACACAAAGGUGCAGUGGGUGAUGGUGAUGGCACAAGGGGUGACCAUGGUGAUGGACAGGGGACAGCAGUGGGAGGUGACGUGGAUGGUCCAGGGGGCCCCCAAAAUCCUCUACGACGGCAACACAUAUGUGGUGCUGACGCUGCCCCCUGCAUCCUACCGCCCCCGGGGCCUCUGCGGCAACUUCAACGGGGACCCCAAUGAUGACGACCCCGACGGGGAGGCUCUAGCUGCUCCCCGGCUCAGGAGCAGCAUUGCGCGGUGA